CAUGGAAAAUAUUGAAGAAAAUUUUCUCUAACAUUUUCAAAAAAUUGCCAUAGAAACAAGUUAUAACAACAAAUCCAUAGCAACGAAAGAUUCUAAAUCAACAACGUUCUUACAGUUAAAAGUCAUUCGCAUUGAUAGAAAAAAAAAUGUCCAACACACCUCACAGGUGGAAUUACAAUUUCCCACAAAUUGCACGGGAGUAUGGUUUAAAUUUAAGUGGAGCUGAGAGUGGAAUAAUCGAUUGGAGAUUUAUAGGAACUUACGAUGUUGAAAAGUUAAUUCGAGAAAAUGAUUUUGAACGACUGGAAGCAGCUAUUCCUCAUCUCUCUGAAGCUCCAUUGGGGACAAUUCUCAAUACUUCCGUACUCGAUUCGGGCAUAUCGAAGUACUUCUGUCUUGCCCAACUUGGACUUCAGUAUUUAUCAUUCUGCAAAGAUUUCCUCGAUAAGGCAGUUUCGUCCUUGAGAAGAAAUGUUUACGGCUUAGAGAAGGAAAAGCAAAAUAUGCUAAAAACGUACAGGAGGCAAAAUGAAGAAUUGCUGCGAAUGCACAAAAAAGUACAAAGGAAUGAGAUGCAUUUUGAGAAACGAGGCGAAGUCUAUCCUUGCAGGAAAUGUACAAAGAAUUUUGUUACCUCCGAACUACUUAAUAAUCAUGUUCAGAGGAAACACGCAGACUUCUCGGAAAAUGUGGAAAAUGAUAACCAUCUGCUGAGUAAUAUAAAAUUAGAAUUGGAAAUUAAGCAAUUGAAGGAAAAAUUGAAUCAUGCUGAAAAUGAUUUGGCAGAAUAUCGCAGCAAUAAUUCUCAAAAAACCAUUUAUCACUCCUUCGGAAUGCAGACGAAUUUCGAGGAGGAAAAGGAAAAGGACGAAACAAUUGAAAUUCAAUCACAUCGUCAAAUGCUCCUUGAUUCACAAUACCAGCUGGCUGAUUUAUUGAAAGCUCAAAUAAGUGCUUUAGAUGAAUGGAAAGAGUCAGAAAAGAAGCGAUAUGAAAAAGAAACGGAAGAAAUUAAAAGCUCCUUUCAGGAAGCUUUCAAUUUUAUGUCCCAAAAAAGACGAAUUGUUCUCAAUAAAACUAAAUUGGAUUUAUACUCAAUUCCUGCUGAAAAUGCAAGACCCGAAAAGCAGACAAAUGAACUUAGAGAACAACCUUUAAGUAAUGAAUGGGAAAAGAAAUACAAAGAUCUGGAAAUAAAUUACAAAGACAGUUAUGAGAAGAUGAGCUUCAUUCUAAGUAAAUUGGAUAAGAAGAACAAAGAUCAAUUGUUACUCAUUGAAGAACUUCGGAAAAAACCAGAAACUAGGAAUUUUUCCAUUCAAGUAAAUUUAAAUAAAAUCCAUUCAUCUAAAGCUUCUAAAACAAAAAUUGAGGAAUUCCCAAAGGAAGAAUUAGUAAUUUCUAACCCCGUUAGUGAUAAAGUCUUAAUUAGAAAACCCUCAAAAGAAAAUAUUUCAAGAAAUAUAAAACGAACAAGAAAUGAAGUUUUAGAAAUAAUAAAUUCCAAAAUGCACGACGUUGGGCUUAAACCAAACCAAUCUUGCAUUAAAACGGAAGAUUUUGAAAAAAUUAAAUUAAAAAUUGAUCACAAGAGAAAAGAAAAAAUCCGAAAAUUUUGUAAUUUUCAAACAACACGUGAAAAUAUUUUGCAUUCAUUAAAUUUUGAUAUGCAAAAUUUCACAAAGGAUUACACUACUCACGAUGAAGAAUUAUCAAAUAAAAUAUUGCAAAAAUAUUACAAUUUAAAUAAAUUGAACUACGAUGUAGGUCUCUUUGAUGAUACUAACAGUAGUGGUAGAAUAUUUGAUAAGACGGAUGGAAGUAGUCAAGAAAGUCGCGAUAAAAAAUUGACGAAAAAUAAGAAAGUUAAUUUUGAUUGCGAUAAAAAUGAAGAAAAUGAUGAAAUUUCUUUCUAUGAUAAGUAUUUAGAAUCUAGGAAAAAUAUGUAUCAAAUAUCAACUGAUACUGAUAAUGAGUAGCAGUAAAAAAUCUAUUUUGUCUUUAAUAAAUCUUCCGAAUAUUAAAGUUUUUG